AAGCGGACUCCGACGGUUGAACAACAGAAACAACAACAACACCACCCCACGAAAAAGCAGCGGCAGCAGCAGCAGCAGGAUGGUGGAAGGCCGGACAACAACAAUAACAAUAGCAACAAUAACAUGCCUCCCCGAAGACUAUAUUGGGUCGGAAAUCCUCUGUUCGCUCUCACGCCGGUCCUGUUGUCAUCAUCAUCAACACCAUCAACAUCAUCAACAUCAACAUCCUCAACACCAUCAUCAUCAACAUCCACCAAGGGAACACACGACCAACCGCGUCAGAUUCCUCCUCUACCGCCGGCUUCAUUGCCUUUUGCUUCUUCCUCUUCCGUCCACAAGAAUCAUCACAAUCAAAAUGAGAAAAGUGGCGGAUAUCCAGAAGCAGAAGAAGAAAAGGAAGAAAAGGAAAAAUCUCUGCGGGAUCACCGGGGGGCAAAAAUGAGGAAAACUUCUCUUGGUAGCGAAAUGGGGAAGAAUCGAGAGAAUGGUGGUGGUGGUGGUGCUGCUGCUGCUGCUGCUACUGCGAGGAAAGAUGUGAAAAUGUGAUCGAUGAUGAGGAUGAGGAUGAGGAGGAGGAUGAUGAUGAGAAUUUCUCGCACAAGCACAGGACUGUGGAUGAAAACAAU